AUGNGGUCGUCGUUGCUGAUAGUCGCAAGCUCGUCGGGGAAGGUCACCGGAAGUCAGGCUGGGGUGUUGCUCGCGGUGGGAGAAGAGCUCGCCUUUGGUCGGGGCGACGCUGCGCGUAUAGGAAGAGGAGCAGCGGUGGUCACGACUUGGAACUAUAGAAUGGACUCGUGCGGUCUCGGUAAAUGCUCGUAUGAAACUCUCGACAUGCGUACGAUGGAGGUUGGGUGUGAAAUAGUUUGCCGAGAGAAAAAGGUGGUAUUUUGGCCGAGAGAAAUUAAGAUGGAAGAGAGAGUUUCCAAAAUUCUCUUAAGUUUUGCGAGAGUUUCAUUCGGAUUUUAA